GCGGCGAGGGGCGGGGCGGCGGUCUCCAUUCUGUGCUGUGUGUGUGUCAGCUCUUAGAGGAGAGAGAGAGCGAUAGACGCGGGAGGGAGGAGAAGCGGAGUCUGAACACCGAACAAAGCCGGACACCGAGCUGCCUGCACCGACCCCCCCCCCCUCCCCGAGCAGCUCCCGGUCCAGACCGCACCCUCCGGGAGAAGCCGCCGGGGGCGCCGCCUGCCGCCUCGGAUCCCUUCUUCUUCCUGGUCCCGCUGGACUUGUCCGGAUCUGGACGGAUUCCUGCGCCCUGGGGAUUUAAAGGAGGGAGCAACAACAAAGGCGGCGGAGGAACAAUAAGAGUUCAUCCCGGAGAUGGAUGAUCAGCCGCGGCUCAUGCACAGUCACCCCGGGGUGGGGAUGCCCGGUCACCCCAGUCUGUCCCAGCACAUGCAGGACGGCACCGGGGCCGGCGAGGGGGAGGGGGGCAGGAAGCAGGACAUCGGGGAUAUAUUACAGCAGAUCAUGACCAUCACCGACCAGAGUCUGGACGAGGCGCAGGCCAGGAAACACGCCCUGAACUGCCACAGAAUGAAACCUGCCCUCUUCAACGUGCUUUGUGAAAUCAAAGAAAAGACAGUACUCAGCAUUCGGGGAGCACAGGAGGAGGAGCCGGCGGACCCUCAGUUGAUGCGAUUGGACAACAUGCUACUGGCUGAGGGGGUAGCAGGUCCAGAGAAAGGAGGAGGUUCUGCAGCAGCUGCAGCAGCCGCGGCCGCAUCGGGUGGAGCUGGGUCCGAUAACUCUGUGGAACAUUCGGAUUACAGAGCCAAAUUAUCCCAAAUCCGACAAAUCUACCACACGGAGUUAGAGAAAUAUGAACAGGUAUGCCGAAAGGCCUGUAAUGAAUUUACAACACACGUGAUGAAUCUCCUGCGGGAGCAGAGCCGGACCAGACCCAUCUCCCCUAAAGAGAUCGAACGCAUGGUCGGGAUUAUCCACAGAAAGUUUAGUUCUAUCCAGAUGCAGCUCAAGCAAAGCACAUGUGAAGCCGUCAUGAUCUUGCGGUCCCGCUUUUUAGAUGCACGACGGAAGAGAAGAAACUUCAACAAGCAAGCUACAGAAAUUUUGAACGAGUAUUUCUAUUCACACCUCAGCAACCCAUAUCCCAGUGAAGAGGCCAAAGAGGAGCUAGCCAAGAAGUGUGGCAUCACCGUAUCACAGGUAUCAAACUGGUUCGGAAAUAAGCGAAUCCGCUACAAGAAGAACAUAGGUAAAUUUCAAGAGGAAGCCAAUAUAUAUGCUGCCAAAACAGCUGUGACUGCUACCAAUGUGUCAGUUCACGGAAGUCAAGCCAAUUCGCCCUCAACUCCCAGUUCUGCUGGAAGCAAACAGACGGAACGCGCGGCAGUGGCACCACAAAACAAAAUGCAGUUCCUGUCGCCACAGAACCUCGGUUCUUCCAGUUCUUUUAACAUGUCAAACUCUGGAGAUUUGUUCAUGAGCGUGCAGUCUCUCAAUGGAGAUUCUUACCAAGGCGCCCAGGUUGGAGCCAACGUACAGUCACAGGUGGAUACCCUUCGCCAUGUUAUCAGUCAGACAGGCGGAUACAGUGAGACUCUGUCAGCGAAUCAGAUGUACAGUCCGCAGGGCAUCAGUGCUAACGGAGGGUGGCAGGAUGCAGCCACCCCUUCGUCUGUGACUUCCCCUACGGAAGGACCUGGCAGCGUCCAUUCUGAUACCUCCAACUGAGCAGCCGGCUCCUGAAUUUCUACUCUUGAAAGCCAGAAUCCAUCCCUUCCCUCUCACUCCAGAUGGCCACUGUGGGAAUGCAGCGAACAAAGCAACCUCUUUUGGCAUAUCCAUUAGAAUCUUUCCAGUCCUUCAUUAAUACAUUGACUCCUUAAUUCAUGCCUACAAUGAUUACAGUUAUGUAGGUUCUAGUCUUUGCAUUUUAUUUUUUAAAUGUUUUAUUUUAAUUAAGCAGUUUUUUUUUUUUUUUAAUUAGUUGUGGAUGAGCAGGAACUAUCUGCCGGUGUACAACGCACUAACUCCACUCAUGGUUAAAAUGCGGCUGCGCCUAUGCACAAGAGCAGCCAUGUUUAAAUGAUCCCAAAUCUUGAUUUUCCAAACCUAUAUCUGAUUGUGGAAGUACCAGAAAUGGCAUUUGGCAUCAGGCCUCCCCUCUGAACACGCUUAAUUUGUAGCUGAGGGCCAAAAAUCCUGACAUUCAUUGUUUCCUCAUGCCAUAAGACGACCCUUUUGCAUCAUGGGACUAAACCAUGGUUACUGCCAUACCUUCAGUUUCUUCGAGAUGCCCAUCCCUUGACUGGUGACAUCUACCCUUUCCAACAUCUUCUGGUUAAUUUAUUCGUAGCUUUGAGAAAAUGACCAGAAUGAUCAUCACUUAGAGAUACAGGAUCACAAGGAAACCUUUUAAUAUAUACGUGGAUUAAGUAUACUAACCAAAGGCUGUACAUUGUAAAAGACCAUAAACUGGAAUACCGUUUCCAUAUUGUAUUGCUACCAGAAGUAGUUCCAGCUACAUAUAUCGUCACAACGUUCUUCUACAUUGACCUUCGUUCUACUCUUCAGAUGGCAGGUCUUCUCCAAGCAUCAGAACAAAUAUGUAAGCCUUGUUGUCAAACCAGAGCUCCGUCCAUUGCCUGAAAUACUCUGAUUUGGACAUCACUCUCUUCUCGAGAAGAUGAAAGUCCUCCAUAUGGCCUUCACAAAAUCUUGAGGAUCCAUUUGUUGUCAUCACUCGAUGGAUGUGAACCCUCUGCUCUCCGAAUGAACUGUUACUACGACCCAUUUCUCCACACGGAUAUUUCUUCAUUCCAUUGGGUUGACUUCUUUUGAGACGAGUGCUCUACAAAAAUGUUUUUCUUUUCCACAUCCGGACUAGUAUAAUUUCGCAACACCGAUCCGUCCCAGAUACAAUGGCUGCUUCUCACGUCAAGCUUUCCUUCAACCUGUAAACUAUGAUUUGUCCCCAGGAAUUUUUUUUAUUUUUUUUAUAUAUAUUUUUGCCCAGCGUUGGUCGCAUUUCUGGACACCAUUUCAUUACCGAAUAAUCUUCUUGUCUGGCAGUUCUCCACAAGCACCCACACACAGGGUGUCAUCAAUCCACGUUUGAUACCAAAAAUCCGCAUGUACUCGCACAGAGGAAAGACGGACACAGAGGGAAGUGCUCAGCUUUAUUAACAUUCACUGCGGUUUCACAUAACUUGUGUAUCGUCGAUUGUUAUAUUUGAGAUAAACAUUUGAUGCUGGAUGUUCUUGUAUAUUCUAAAGAAAACAAAAAAAAAGACACAAGAUAAAAAAAAAGAAGAAAAAAAAAAAGACAUCAAACAGCCAAAAAGUUGUCCUGGGUUUAAUAAUCUUUAUUACUAAAAAAAAAACAGAUAAAAAAAAAUCUUUAAAAAAAGAAAAAAAAGUCCUGUUACAGAGAUCACACCCGUUUAGCAUGGAAAUAGGUUGCUGAUUUCGAUUUUAUGUCUUUUCAUAUUUCUUGCUUAGUUUUAACACGAAAAAAACAAAACUACCUACAUGUGAUUUUAUUUUUUUUAUUUUUUAUUUUUUUAUUUUAAUUCUUUUUAACACCGCGCGUUUGUGAGUUAUAACGCAAUGCUAGAUUAAACGUAGUUGGGCACCUUUUUAGUUAUUGUUUAAAUUUUUUUUUUUUUUUAAGGGAUGGGGUGAGUGGGCGGGCACAAGGUUUGGGGGCAAAUUCGGGAUUGUUUCAGGGGAAAGGGGGCUGGGGCAUUUUCCAUAUAUGGACCCCUUUACCGCCAGAGUAGUGUGACAUAUAUGCUAUUUGCCCCUCUGGCAGAAAUGGGGUUAAAAAAAAGAGGCAGACUCCAAGAUUCUGCUGGAUAAAAUACCCAUUUUGUAAACUAAAGUUAAAAAAUAAAAAAGUAAAAAAAAAAAAAUAUGAAAAAAAAUUGUUGGAAAAAAAGUUGGAAUAGUUAAACCUUAAUAGGUACAUCAUAAAAUGUACAUUUAAUAACUUUUCUGAGAACCAGAAAUAAAUUCUUUUUUUCCUGUU